GGAAAAUCUGACUGGGGCAGCUCCUGAGCGCAGGCAGGGCCUGUUCCCAGGGGCGGGCUGAGUGGCCGCCUCCAUCAGAGCCUCUCAGCUUUCCCCAGGACCACAGGGGACUCUCAGCCGCUACUCUGUGAAACAGACAAGGAGAUGCCUCAGGAACAGUACUCACACCACAGGAGCACCAUGCACAGCUCUGAGGGGCCGCACAUAUACAAAGUGGGGAUUUACGGCUGGAGGAAAAGAUGCCUGUAUUUCUUUGUCCUGCUCCUCAUGAUUUUAAUACUGGUGAACUUGGCCAUGACCAUCUGGAUCCUCAAGGUCAUGAACUUCACAAUUGAUGGAAUGGGGAACUUAAGAAUCACAGAAAAGGGUCUGAAGCUAGAAGGAGACUCAGAAUUCUUACAACCUCUCUACGCCAAAGAAAUCAAGUCCCGACCAGGUAAUGCCCUAUACUUCAAAUCUGCCAGGAAUGUGACAGUGAACAUUCUCAAUGACCAGACAAAAGUGCUGACUCAGCUGGUGACAGGUCCGAAGGCUGUGGAAGCAUAUGGCAAAAGGUUUGAAGUUAAAACUGUUUCUGGAAAAUUGCUCUUUUCUGCAGAUGACAGCGAAGUGGUCGUGGGAGCAGAGAGAUUGAGAGUCCUAGGAGCUGAAGGCACAGUCUUCCCCAAAUCCAUAGAAACACCAAAUGUCAGAGCAGACCCCUUCAAAGAACUAAGGUUGGAGUCUCCGACCCGAUCUCUAGUGAUGGAAGCCCCAAAAGGAGUAGAAAUCAAUGCAGAAGCUGGCAACAUGGAAGCCACCUGCAGAAGUGAGCUGAGGCUGGAGUCCAAGGAUGGAGAGAUUAAGUUAGACGCUGCGAAAAUCAAACUACCUAGACUGCCUCGUGGAUCCUACACACCCACAGGAACGAGGCAGAAGGUCUUCGAGGUCUGCGUCUGCGCCAAUGGGAGGUUAUUCCUCUCCCAGGCAGGAACUGGUUCUACUUGUCAGAUAAACACAAGUGUCUGCCUUUGAAAGACUAUCCAUAGUGGACAAUUGUUGGCAGCAUAAAGGCCCUUUUUGGCUUGAGACACUGGCUGCCAGCUAUUUUUACUAGAACACAGAAAGCCUAUCAAAGCCCUUGUGUGUGUGUAUGUGCGUGUGUGUAUGUGUGUGUGUAUGUGUGUGUGUGUGUGUGUAUGUAUGAGUGGGUUGUGUGUGAGUGAAUAUAAAUAUAUAUAAAUAUAUAUAAAUAAAUAUAUAUAUAUCCUCUGUAUAAAAUGAGGUUUCAGUACAAAAGGAACCAUGGGUGACCCUGUGACAUCAUCCACUGUCAUUUUUCUGCCCCAUUCCCAUCAUCCACAUGACAGAAUAUAAGUACUCACUCAGGCCCAGCAUUCCCCAGGCUAUUUCAAAUCACACAGUGGACUGAGCACCAACAAAAUGUCCAUCGAUGUGUUUGGGAAAUCACCUAGCUUCUCUACACGUAGAGUCAUUAGAGGUAGUGAUGGCGGGAAUCUUCCGGUCAUUCUGAAGUACUGCUAUACUGGUCAAAAAAAAAAAAAAAAAAAAAAAAACAUAGACCCAUCUGUAAUCCUAACACUAAGAAAGUUUUGGUGAUGGAGGCCAGCCUGGGCUACAUAGUGAGACUAUGUUAAAAACAUAAACAUUUGGUUUCCCUCUCUUAGCUACAGCCAAGCUGAUCACAUUCUUUUCUUCAACAUAAGGAUGAGGUAAAACCAUAGAGAUUAGCCAUAAGAACUCAAAAUGGCUGUGCUACCUUUGCAGACCAACAUAGUAGUAGUUAUGUGACUAAAUGAAUAGGGAUAGGUGGUAUUGAAGUCUGAAAUAACUUAAGCCACUCUCCUGACUCCUAUUAUUCUGCUUCCUUUAAACUUACUCAUACAUGUUCUCCUAUAUGAGUAACAGCUUUGAAAUAGAAGUAAGAGCUUUCAGCAUAAAAGAGGAGAUCGGUUCUUCCUCUCUAGAAACUACUCAAUGGCCUUACAAGUAAAGAAGUUGAAUGAAACAUCUAAGAGAAAAAAGUCUCACAAGCUUUUAGGUUCUCCUUCCUGACUUUAUCCAACAGAAGGACUCAAAAUCAUUAAAUCAACCAGAAUCCCAAAGAUUGAGCUCCAGAUCCCAGGAGAAGUCACUUUAAGAUGACAAUCUAACUAAGAGAGCCAUGGGGAAGCUAGCUAACUCUCACAAGUUUCUUGAGAUGGGUGGGCCAUUUAGAGACAUGUCAUAUUUUCAAGGGCUUGCACAAUUUCUCUUGCUUUGCUCUUGUAUAUUUUGUCACUGCUGGGCUGUUCAUAUUCCUAAUCUCACUGUUUCGUUUUCCCUAGGAGUCAUAAACCUAAGACUGUACAUGCUGCCACAAUUGCUAAUGGCAAGUUAAUAUAAACAGGGUCAUGUGUCUGCAUCAGAAUCACUGUGUUCCCUGGGCUCGGCAGCACCCACUCCCCAUAUAUGAAAAUAGCUCUCCAAUUCCCGCCAUCAGCUACCUCUUAGCACCCCACCUUCAUUACCAUGCCCCAGGGUCACCCUGGCCAGCUCUUGUGCUGGGACAGGGGAUUAUACCAUCUCUGUUCAAAGAGGGGAAAAUGUGCCUAUGCCUUAAGCCAAUGCACUCAGCAAGGAGAAGCACAUCCUAUUUAUCUUGUUAUCUGUAGUUAAUUUUGGGGUGUUUAGAAGGAAGUGGUUUAGUAAUGACUAGACAUCAGAAACUGGCAGACAAACCAGUUUCCACAUUUGGGAUCUGAAGAGCCUAGAACGGAGGUGUAACUGGCUUAGAACAUCCUUGAAGCCAGUAGACAAGCAGCAACCCUACAAUUUUGAAUGAAGUUGUAUUUGUAGGCCUGAAUGGCAUUUGUUUUUGGUUUUGGUUUUGGAUUUGGUUGCCACAACGUUCUAAUUUUUCUUACUUCACAAGAUGAAUGGUUUGUUAUAGGAGACAAAAAAGAAGUUUGCUGUUUCUGAUAUGGCAUGAAUGUGUCGGUCUGAGGUUUGUACACAGGGGAUGUACUCCUCAGUUGCUUAUUGUCACAAAGAAGAGACUUUCCUGUCCUGGCUCAUGACUUGGACUUCUGGCUUCUAGGCCAGGCCUGGCUCUCCUCACCCUCUCUGCAUAUUUUAUACAGAGGCACUGGGUGGGUCAAUCUUAGGCCAAGAUCCUUAAAAUUGUUCCAUUUGUAGUAUGAAACUCUAAAGGGGGGUCCUGUGAGAGGCCUCAGGUUACUGGACACUGGUGUUACCAGUAUCUUGUAGGCCCAUUCUGCCAGGAUCUACAUGUUUCGAAAACACGGGUAUCAUUUCAUGUAAAAAAAAAAAAAAAAAAAAAAAAAAAAAAAAAAACCCUUUAGAAAUACCUACCCCACAUCCUUCAGAUAAACGAUAAAAGUCCCUUGGGUUCAUAAAAAAGACAGGGUUGUUUGAAGCAGAUGGAGUGGGGUGUUUUCUUUUGUUUAAAUGGACAAACUGCCUUUGUGUCUCAUACCUAUCAUCUAUAGAUUAGAAGAAAUAACAAAGUUCCCUGAACCUCUUCUGAUUUUAUUUACCAAUUGUGACAUAAAAGUCAUACUCCUCAUGAAUUUUAUGACUAUUAAAAACUGCUAUGGUCAUACAUGCAAAAUUGAACCUUAGAGCAAGUAAGUUAAUCAAACACAGUCUUGAUUCACACACACACACACACACACACACAUACACACACAC